AUGCGGUACAGCUAUGAGGUGAUCUAUACAGCGGGUAAGAACCUGACAACUGCAGAUGCGUUGUCUUGCGCUCCGGUUGGAUCUCCCCAGGAAACUGACCUGCUGUUGGAAAGUGAUGCCACAGCAUUAGUACAGUCUGUGAUUGAUGGUAUACCAGCGACCCAGGGUUGGCUAGUAGAGAUCAGGAUGAAGCAGCAGCAAGACCGGGUAUGUAGUCAAGUCGCUCGUUACUGCAGAGAUGGAUGGCCUGCUGUGAAGUCCAAACUUCAUCCAGAUGUUUGUCCAUUCUUCAUGGCGAGAGACGACUUAACAGUCCAAGAAGGACUAUUACUUUAUCGCACUAGACUUGUCAUCCCAGUGGAACUGAGGAAGGACAUUUUGACCCGAAUUCAUGAUGGCCAUCAAGGCAUUGUAAAAUGCAGAGCUCUGGCCAAGUGUUCUGUGUGGUGGCCAGGACUAUCUCAACAGAUCCAGUCCAUGAUAGAAAACUUUGCAAUCUGCGAGAAAGAGAGAAAAGCUAGACCUGAGCCAUUGAAGCCAAGCAGUGUUCCGGGUUUCCCAUGGCAGAAAGUGAGAAUGGACUUGUUUGACUGGCAUGCCUCGACCUCUUCAGAGACUGUUAUUGUUCAUUGCAAGAGUAUCUUCGCACGACACGGGAUUCCUGAAGUUGUUCAAUCAGAUAAUGGACCACAAUUUGCAUCCCAGAAAUUCAGCAGAUUUGCUACAGAAUAUGGAUUCACCCAUGAAACCAGCAGUCCUCAUUAUCCGCAAGCUAAUGGAGAAGCUUCAAGGGCUGUGCAGACGGUCAAGAAUUUUCUGUUGAAAGCUGAAGACCCAUAUCUGGCGCUACUUAACUACAGAGUGACUCCUCUUCAGUGUGGUUUCAGUCCAGUAGAAAUGUCCAUGGACCGUUGCCUGAGGACGAGAGUUCCAGUCGUCCCUGCCUUGCUUACUCCUGAUUGGCCUAAGCUGGCCGACAUGAAGUGGGAAAAUGCAGACCAGAAGGAAGUGCAGAAAAAGAACUUUGACAGGCGGCAUAGAGCUACUACACUUCCAACUCUGUCACCUGGAGAUCAGGUUUGGAUCAAAGAACCGACUGAGAUGAAGGGGGAAGUUGUGAAGCCUAUUGGUCCGAGAUCUUAUGCAGUCAGGUCAUCAACUGGGCUACGCAGAAGGAAUAGGAGGCACCUAAAUCGACGAAGUUCAAGUCCGCCUCCUCAUCAACUGAUCAACCCUGCAGUGUCAUCAACCUUGCCAAACCCUGCAGAGGACAACAUUUCUAUGGAUAUCGAUCCUGUACCAGUGAUGUCUGAGGAGACAGAGUCCGCUUCAGCGUCGCCGUCAUCUUCUGAUGAAGUCUACUCUGUUCUUCCAAUGGUGAUGCAGUGCCUGGAUCCCUCCGACAAACAAGGAUUGAAAAACUCCUCAACAGUGGAAUUUACAUCUCCUAAGGAAAUAUGUGGAAGUCAGGCAGUGCUAGAUCUGGGGAAUAUGGUGGGGUAA